AUGGCAUCAACCACCACUACCCCCUCCUUCCUCGGCAACCCGAUGGAAAUCUGCCUCGUCACCCGCGACUACAAGCGCACCAUCAGCGGCCUCCACGCCCUCGGAAUUGGUCCCUGGCGCUGCUAUUCUUUCACGCCCUCCAACACGACCAAUCAAACCUACCGGGGCCAAGCCUCUCCCUUCGUCCUGCGCGUCUGCUUCGCCGAGCUGUCGCCAUCCAUGGUGUACGAGGUGAUCCAGCCGGUCAGCGGGCCCAACAUUUUCCAAGAAUUCCUCGACCAGCAUGGCGAAGGUGUGCAUCACAUCGCGUACGAUAUGAACGGAGUUCCGUUUGCGGAACGGGUCAAGGAGUUUGAGAAGAGGGGCUUUGUCAUGUCCCAGGGUGGCAGCUGGAUGGGAAAGAACCACUUUGCCUUCUUCGAGACCGAGGAGAAGACGGGAACGUGCUUUGAGACGUAUGAGUUUCCGGGGGAUUGGGAUUACCCCGAGCCGGAGGAGUGGUUUCCCCACGCACCACAGUGA